AUGGUGCUGGGUGUUCUCACAGCCAUAGCCGCGUGCCCGGCCAUUGUCGGCACCAACGAGGCUAUCCAGAUGACCCAGAAGAAUCAAAUGAAGCAGAUGCACCGAGAACGCAAAACCAAUCUCGUCGUUUCAUGUACUCACCAGGACAACAAGCUCUGGAUCGCGACACGCCGCCAAACCGCCAACGACGACGCCCCCGAAGGCCACCAGUUCGCCGGCUACUUCUUCAAGCACCCCACCCUCAACUGGGGUCGCAAGGGCGACGGCUACGUCUCCACCAUCAUGGACGACCCUCCCAUGCUGAACUGGAUCUACGUCGAUAAAGACACCUACGAGGUCAAGUACGGCACCAAGUCCGAGUCCGAGGACCACAGGCUCGGCCCCUUUAGCUGCACUCCCGUCGACCACCGCCUCACGUUUGACGAGUGGGAGGGCUUCUGCGCCGUGGAAGAGAGGCCCGGCAUCUGGUCGCUGUACUUUGACGUCGACGAUGACGGCCUCGAGGAAAAAGUGUCGAUGGACAAGGACGUGCUCGAAAUCGAGUUGAUUCGGCGCGAGAUGAGGAUACCUCAUAGCAAGCCCAAGGAUGUUGGCCCCGAGGAAUAA